AUGAACGGUUCGAUCAUCUCAUGGCUUCUUCUUGCAAUAUCCACCAUCUCCAUCUUCUCCGACGUUGCUACGGCUUCAACUUUAGCUUCAGCCCAGUGUCUCAGCAUCGACCAGAGAUCACUCUUGCUCGAGCUGAGAGACAGCCUUGUCUUCAACACCUCCGCGUCCUCCAAGCUAGUACGGUGGGACCGAAGCGCUGAUUCAUGGAGCGGCGUGAUGUGCGAGGACGGGCUCGUCGUGGGACUCGAUUUGAGCGAAGAGUCGAUCUCUGGUGGAAUCGGCCGUUCAUCGAGCCUCUUCAGGCUCGAGUUCCUUCAAAGCCUGAACUUGGCGUUCAAUGAUUUCAACUCCUCAGCGAUCCCGUUCGACCUCGUGAAUCUCAGCCGCUUGGUACAUCUCAACUUGUCCAAUGCCGGAUUUGCCGAGCAGAUUCCGGCGGAGCUAUCGCGCCUGACGGAGCUACGUAUUCUUGAUCUCUCUGGUCUUUAUUACUCUGGACCGGCUUUGUUGUUCCUUGAGAAGCCCUCUUUGAGGUCACUGAUUGGGGAUUUGGGGGAGUUGAGAGAGCUGUACCUUGAUUUGGUCAAUGCGUCUGCUGAGGGAACUGGGUGGUGCGACGCGUUGUCUUCUUCAGUGCCGAAACUUGAGGUGUUGAGCAUGUCUUCCUGUUCUCUGUCCGGUCCUAUCGGCGCUUCUCUUACGAGUCUGGCUAAUCUGUCGGUCAUUCAACUCGAUUACAACAACUUGUACACCACAGUUCCUAGUUUCUUAGCGAAUUUCUCUAGCUUGAAAACACUGAGCCUAUAUGCUUGUGGCCUUUCUCUUGAGACACUGGUUCUGAGAGGCUUGAAUAUUUCCGGGGGGCUCCCAAAUUCAAUUGGUAAUCUCAGGAAUCUGUCAAGAAUAGAAUUGGUGAAUUGCAGUUUUGAUGGAAAUAUCCCAAGCUCUCUCACCAAUCUCUCGCGACUGUCUUAUUUGGACUUGUCAUUCAACAAUUUUACGGGUUCAAUUCCAUCACUCAGCGAGUCCAAGGAUUUGACAUCUAUCAUUUUGUCCAGCACCAGUCUAACUGGUCCGAUUGAUUCAACACAAUGGGAAUCCCUCUUGAGUCUUCUUAUUCUCGACCUGGAAUUCAAUUUACUUGAAGGAAAUAUUCCUUCAUCUCUGUUUACACAUCCAUCGAUUCAGGCGCUUCUACUUUCCAACAACCGAUUUUCUGGUCAAUUGAAGGGAUCUUUUGAUGCUCCAUCGCACAUGCUGAAUACACUUGAUUUGAGCAACAACAAUAUAGGAGGAGAACUACCGACGUCUAUAUGGGAACUCCAAGGGCUCGAGUACCUCUCACUUUCUUCCAAUAAUUUUAGUGGCUCAUUCCACAUUAAUUUGGUUCAGCAGCUGAGAAAUCUUUCAGCUUUGGAUCUUUCCUAUAAUCGUUUUUCCAUUGAUGCCACAAAUACUGCUUCCCAGGCCUCUUCAUUCCCUGACCUUCAAGACUUAAAUUUGGCUUCCUGCCAGUUGACGACAUUGCCUCAGUUUUUGGUUAACCAGUCCAAAUUGUUCUUCCUCGACCUCUCCCACAAUUAUAUAAAAGGGGAUAUACCGAGAUGGAUAUGGACACUAGAAAAUCUUGGGCAUCUCAAUCUUUGCUCUAAUUUCUUUGAAGAUUUGGAAACACCUCUGGGCAAUCUUACAUUGAGUCUGAAUUUCGUUGACCUCCAUUCAAACAUGCUUCGAGGAAAUACGCUACCCCUGCCGUCAUCUGCUCUCUUCUUGGAUUUCUCAAGUAACAACAUAACUUCUGUUAUUCUGGAUAACAUUGAUGACUACCUAUCAAACACAAUCUUCUUCUCCCUUUCGAAGAAUAAUUUCCAUGGGUCCAUCCCGAAGUCAAUUUGCAAAGCUGAUAUUCUUGAAGUGCUUGACUUAUCGCAUAACCAUCUGAACGGAACUAUUCCUGAUUGUUUAAUGAUGGCGUCCCUCACGGUAUUGAAUCUGAGGAAUAACCAAUUGAGUGGCGAUAUUCCACAAAACAUCCCAGCAACAUGCAGUCUGAAGACAUUGGAUAUUAGCGAGAAUUUCCUGCAGGGCCAAAUUCCGUUGUCGUUGGCAAAUUGUACGAUGUUGGAGAUUGUGAACAUCGGGGACAAUCAAAUAGAUGGGACAUUUCCAUGCCAUUUCAAUGCUAUGUCAAGUCUCCGUGUCCUUGUUUUACGAUCCAACAAAUUGCACGGGGAAAUUGGAUGUCCACAUAGUCCCUUCACCUGGCAGAUGCUUCAAAUCAUUGACCUAUCUUCCAACAAUUUCAGCGGCACGUUGCCUGCGAGUCUCCUUGCAUCUUGGGAGGCUAUGAAGGCCAACGUAGACUUCAAUCGUUUUCUGUAUGAGUUAUUCCGAUUAAGAGGUAAGUAUUAUCAAGAUACUGUGAGUGUAACCUUCAAAGGUUUGAAGCUAGAACUCAUCAAGAUUCUGACUAUUUUCACGUCGAUCGACUUCUCGGGCAAUAGAUUGGAGGGUCCAAUACCAGACACACUUGGAGAUCUCAAAGCACUUUAUUUCCUCAACCUAUCGCAUAAUGCCAUCACAGGUUCAAUUACUCCUGUUUUAGGGAAUCUAGAUCAGCUUGAGUCAUUGGACCUGUCAUGGAACCACCUCAAUGGAACCAUACCAGCUCAGCUUGCGAAUCUUGAUUUCCUUUCGUUCCUGAACCUCUCAAAUAAUCAACUUGUGGGAAGCAUCCCGACAAUGGGACAAUUUCUCACAUUUUCCAAAAGUUCCUUCGAAGGAAAUCUUGGAUUGUGUGGGCUUCAGCUCAACAAAAGUUGCUUAACUCCAACGAAUGGGACUGAAGAAGCGGGUAGUGUUCCAACUCAAAGUGACCUCGAUGAUGACGGCAACAAUGAUGAUAGCGAGAAGAAGUGGUUUUACAUGGGCAUACCGCUUGGAUUCGCUAUUGGCUUUUGGGUAUUUUGUGGUCCGAUAGUGUUUAUCAGAUCAUGGAGGUUUACUUAUUAUCGAUUCUGGGAUAAAGUGCUAUUCAAACACUUGCAUCCAUGAAGAUUUCCA